GUUCAAAAUGAACGAAUCGUUCACGAACGACACAUCACUAGCAACUAUGGAAUAGCUACAGUAACAUUUUUAAAUUACUGUUGUAAUUAACAUAUGUUGUAUAAAACAUGGCAUUGUGGCAAAUACAAUGUCACUAGAUAAAUCACCACUGUCCAAAACGUCCCAGCGAAGGCAGUACAAUCAGAAGAAGAGAAGAAUAAAGAGCCUGUCAUGGCAGCUGGAGUCAGCCUGCUGAGUGACCUGCCUUACUCUUCCAGUGGAGCCUACAGUGGAGAGCUCAACAUUGAAAUGGAACCAGUCAGCACAAGGGUGCCCACAGCCAAGUACACCAAGGUGGGAGAAACCCUGAGACACGUUAUCCCUGGUCAUAUGCAGUGCUCAAUGGCAUGUGGAGGGAAAGCCUGUAAAUAUGAGAACCCCUCUCGCUGGAGCGAUGAGGAGCAAGCCAUUAAGGGCCUGUACUCAUCCUGGAUUACUGACAACUUGCUUGCAAUGGCAAGGCCUUCCUCUGAAAUAAUAGAAAAAUACAGCAUCAUUGAACAGUUCCAAAGGUGUAGCUUGAGGACGGUAAUUAACCUCCAGCGCCCAGGAGAGCACGCCAGCUGUGGUAACCCCUUAGAGCAGGAGAGCGGCUUCACCUACAGACCUGAGACCUUUAUGGAGGCUGGCAUUUAUUUUUACAACUUUGGAUGGAAGGACUAUGGAGUGGCAUCUCUCACUACAAUCCUAGACAUGGUAAAGGUGAUGUCCUUUGCCAUCCAGGAAGGUAAAAUGGCUGUCCACUGUCAUGCUGGGCUUGGAAGGACAGGUGUCCUGCUUGCCUGUUACUUGGUCUUCACGUCCAGAAUGAGUGCUGAUCAGGCCAUCCUAUUUGUUCGAGCCAAGAGGCCAAACUCCAUUCAGACCCGUGGUCAGCUGCUUUGUGUCAGGGAGUUUGCCCAGUUCCUUGUUCCCCUCAGAAGUGUUUUCUCCUGUGCCGAGCCCAAAGCCAAUGCUGUCACUCUAUCCCAGUACCUUACUCGCCAGCGCCACCUGCUGCACGGUUAUGAGGCACGGCAGAUGAAGAACUUGCCAAAGAUUGUGCAGUUGGUCUGCAAACUCCUCCUGGACAUUGCAGCUAACCGGCAGGUGGUGGAAGAGGAGGUGUUGGAGAUCCCAGACCUAACGGCUGAGGUGGAGAAGACGGUCUCCCAGCAGGCCAUCCAGCAGCUGGGGAAGGAGAUGAGAGGGAAGGGCAUCCCAGUGCCUUCACCCCGCCCAUGUAGUCCACUCACCCUCCAUGCACUACACCCCGAAGCCCUUCAUGAUCAACCUCUAUUGAGUGACAAUGAUCUGGACCCACUGUGGAGGAAGCAGAACGUAGGCAUUGCCCUGACACCUCUCCAACCCAGUAAAAGAAGCCUUAGUUACAGCGACUCAGCACUGUACAAACAAGGCCCCAGACGGAACUGGUCUGGGAGCCCUCUGACUAUCCAGAAGGCAUCAGCCAAUCUCACAAACAAGCACUAUCUAUCUCAGAAUAACCUGCCAUCUGUUGACUCAUCCAUAAGUCCUGCGCAGCCCCUUUACAAAAUCCCAAACCAGGACCCUCUAUAUCUGUCCACUGGCUCUGUCACUGAUGAGCAGAAUAGCAAAGUGUCCCAGGCUGCCACAUCCCCCAUUCAGCGUAAAAAAUGUAUUAGCAAAGGACAGUGCAGUCUGUCCUUGGGUUUCUCAGAGGAAGGCCGAAAUGCCAACUGUGAUGCUGUACUGUCCGCCUUAAGAGCGGAGGGUAGUGUGGAGGCCAAUGGGAAGACCUCGGGUGUGGAUGCAUCUGUGGUCAGAGCUGAGGAUGGAGAGGACAGACCGAGGCCAGCAGAAGUGCCUCUCAUCACACUUCAAGCAGAGUUAUCCCUGGAAACAAGACGUCUACUGGUGGCCAAAGCUCUAGCAAUGGACUUGAAUGAUGACGACCUCAGAAACAAGGUUGCAAUGUGGCAGACUGAACUUAACAGCAGAGAGGGGGCAUGGGAGAGAAUGUGCAUGGAAAGAGAUCCCCUGGUGCUUUCCAGCUUGAUGUGGUCUUGGCUUGAGCAGCUUAAAGAACCCAUUAUCACUAGCGAAGAUGUCCAGGCCCUCAGCGACAAACACUACAACCCCCAGCAUGCCCUUAAUUCGCUUGAAAAGGUCCACAGACUGACCCUGCUGUGUAUCCUGGACUGUAUGGCCCAUCUACUGACAAUACCAGAGGACGUUGAAGCUGGUUUUCUUAACCGUACGAUUAAAGUGUUUACUAAGAUUCACACUGCCUCAGUGAAUGACCAGGCCUUAUAUAAGACACUGAAAGCAAUUCUGGUGCCAGUCCUGAACGAGCUGCGAGUGAAAGCCAAGGAGGAGAUGGACUCUUUAAGCCACUGCACUAAAGUGUCCUGAUCUUCCCUAAUUGGUUUAUUGCCACAGGAGGGACAGAAGUAAAAAAGACGUUGUACUGUCUGGAUGUUCAGAACAACUUCUAAAAAGAAUUUGGUUAUGACUAGAUAAUGAUGGGCAUUAUUGUUAAUCAACAGAUUCCUCUGAUAUUACUGUGCUGUUUUAUGCUUUAUUUAUGUUUUAAAACGUAGUGAUUUCUCCAUCACACUGUGUAUUUGUCUUUGUUUACCUAAGAACUGCCAUAAUGUUUACUGUGCCACAAUAUUUACUUCCCGAUUGUAUUUGUCAUGUCUCCUGAUCCAAUAUGUAUUGUGGGAUGGAAUGUUACACUUAGUAUACUUUUGUUUUUCAUGAAGUUUGAUUGGAAAGAAAAUCUGAAUGAAUAUGGAAUAAGAUUAGGGACAAAAUUAUAUUCUGAAACUAAAGAAACAUUUAAUUUAUUUUGAAACUUUAAUACCUUUUCUGUUGCAUUGUGUAUGAGUUGUUUUAUUUAUUGAUCUCUUUUCACUUGAAAAGUGUGACAAAUGCAAGGUUUGCAUUGUUUUGAUAGUCAGUGAAUUUGAUUUUGCUAGAUUAAAAUGCAAACAUGACACACAUGCUACUGUAAUGCAAAUAAGAUGGCUAAUUGUAUCUGUAAAACAAUUCCCACUAAGCUUAUUAUACACCAAAAAAGAAAAAUAUCUGAUUGAAAAGAUCGAACUAUGUUUAUAACAUCAGCCUGCCUCCACUAAAGCAUUUUCCUAAAUACUUUCUGCCUCUACUUUAAUGGCCUGAUAAACUAAUAUAAUGUACUGCUGUCUGUUUUGUAAUUUGUUAAUUAUUAGUAACUGUUGUCAUAACUGUAGUGUAUGAACACUGUAGCCUUGAAGACUCAGUUACCCUAUUCUGACCUCAUUUUAUCUGUGGACAACACAAUGUCAUGUAGGGCUGUUGACACUGCUAAUGUGCAGAAAUAAUUUAACAAGAUCAACUUAAACGAAGAAUUCAUUCAAGUUCCAUGUCCUAUGGAACUUUUCAAGAAGCACUAUUUUUUCAUUGUUACAUUAUGUAAAUGAUUUACAGACAAAAUAAAUGUCCUUGACGUGCUAUGUGUGGUUUGUCAUUUUAUUUUACA